AUGGAUCCAAACGCGCCUCCUGAUCUCAGCAGUAUGACCGGAGUUCCUUGGUUGGGACGCGUAAGAGCACUGCAGCCUCAGGAGCCGGCUGUAGGACGAAGUAGAGGGCUGCUGCUCUCUACAGAAGGGCCUAGUGUAGGACGAGCCAGAGGUUUUCCCAUUCCUGGUGAUACCCCACGAGGACGAGGAACAGCUCUACCCAUUGCUGAACCUGUGGUUGGCUGGGCUAGAGGGCUGCUGGUGCAGCCUGGUGAUGGAGUUGGGCGAGCCAGAGGGCUUUUCUUUCCAGCAGCUGAGCCAAAGGUUGGGGUGGCGAGAGGUGCACUCCCGCAUGGUCUGGAGCCACAGCACAGACAGACACCUCCAUGUGAAACCACGAUGAAACCCCGAACAGGAGAGACCUCUGCACCAAAAGAGGUUGAUAUGCCUACCCAUGGUCAAACAUCAACCCUGGUGUCAAUGUUUAGAGGAAUGGGCAUUGAGCCCUCAGUGACCUCAUGGGGAAGAGGAACAAUGUCUGUGGGAAGAGGAGUGGUGCUGGAAGCUGGUGAUAUGGGAGACGUGAGGCUGCAUGGUGCCCCAUUAGGUGUCAUCAGCAAACCAGAGAGCUUCAGCCAACCUGAGGAGGUGAUGGGGAGAGGCAGCAGUUUCCAUGGCCCAGGUUUGUCCCCUCGCACGAUGGUGGGGCUUGGAAGAGCAGCGAUGCCUGUGCUUGGAGUAGGAAGAGGAAUCCCUCUCCUUCCUUCUUUUUCUCCAGGUCCUGUUGAGUCCUUUUCUCCAGCCUCUGAGCAACAAGCAGUCCAACAAGCUCAGACUUCCCACACAGGAACCAAGCCCCCAAUGCCCACCACUCCAGAAGUGCUGGAGCUUUCCACUGUUGCACCAGCAAAGAUGGAGCUGAAAAUGGAAGCCGUCUGUGAGCCACCUGAUAAGGCUGGAAUAAAAGGAACUCCUGUAACCAUUGGCUCAAACCACAUCCCGAUUCUUUGCAAGAAUGAAGCUGUGUAUCAGUACCAUGUUACAUUCACUCCAAAUGUUGAAUCGAUGAGAAUGCGCUUUGGCAUGAUGAAGGAUCACCGCUCGACCACGGGGGAAGUAGUCGCUUUUGAUGGCUCCGUCCUCUACCUGCCUGUUAAGCUUAAUGAGGAGGUUGUUGUCAAGAGUUUGAGACGGACUGAUAAUGAGGAAAUACAAAUCAAAAUCCAGAUGACAAAGAUUCUGCAGCCCAACUCGGACCUGUGCAUCCCAUUCUACAAUGUGGUCCUCAGAAGGGUAAUGACAGUCAUUGGACUGAAACUGGUUGGUCGAAAUCAUUACGAUCCAGAAAGUGCCGUCAUUCUUGGAAAGCAUCGGCUGCAAGUGUGGCCAGGCUAUUCAACCUGUAUCAAGCGCACAGAUGGAGGUCUGUACCUGUGUGUGGAUGUCUCUCACAAAGUCUUGAGGAAUGACUCUGUGCUGAACGUCAUGAACGUGCUGUACGAACAGAGCAACGAGAACUUCCAAGACGAAUGCACCAAAGAACUCAUCGGCAGCAUCAUUAUCACCCACUACAACAACUGCACCUACCGCAUCGAUGCCAUCGAGUGGAACAAAUCACCAAAAGACACCUUCACUUUGAUGGAUGGCACAAAAAUUACCUUUGUGGAAUACUACAGCAAGAACUAUGGGAUUGCGAUCAAAGAGUUGGACCAGCCUCUGCUCAUGCAUCGGCCAAAGGAGAGGUCCAAGCCAGGAGGCAAGCAAGUCAUCACUGGAGAGAUCCUUUUAGUACCAGAGCUUUCCUUCAUGACGGGAAUCCCUGAGAAAAUGAAGAAGGACUCCAGAGCUAUGAAGGACCUGACCAGGCACAUCAAUGUGAGCAGUGAGCAGCACAGCCACUCAAUAAACCAGCUUCUGAAGAACAUCAGCACCAACCCUGAGAGUCUGAAGGAGCUCAGCCGAUGGGGACUGGAGAUCAGCUCACAAAUCCUGACAAUCAAAGGUAGAACUCUGCCUGCCGAAACCAUCUGUCUGCAGUCUUCAUCCUUUGCCAUUGGUGCUGAUGCAUCCUGGUCCAGAGAGAUUGUCAGGAAAGCUUCAAUAAGCUCUAUCCCUGUGAAUAUGUGGGCCAUCUUCUACCCCCAACGCUGUGCAGAGCAGGUUGAACAGCUGGUUUCCACCUUUAACAACGUUGCUGGGGCUAUUGGGAUGCGACUGGAGCGACCCACUUUUGUUCAGCUGAGGAAUGAUCGCACUGAGACUUACGUCAAGAGCAUCCACUCUGAGCUCACCAGUAGGCCCAAAAUGCAGCUCGUAGUGUGCAUCAUGGUCGGCAACAGAGACGAUCUCUACAGUGCCAUCAAGAAGCUCUGCUGUGUCAAAAAUCCCAUCCCAUCCCAGGCUAUCAAUGUGCAGACAAUUUCCCAUCAGCACAAGUUGAGGAGUGUUGCCCAAAAGAUACUCCUGCAGAUAAACAGCAAGUUAGGAGGAGAGCUGUGGACUGUCAGUGUCCCUCUGAAACACUUGAUGGUGGUUGGAGUUGAUGUGCACCAUGACACCAGCAAAGCUCAUCAGUCAGUCAUGGGUUUUGUCGCAAGUAUAAACAGCUCACUGACCCGCUGGUACUCCAGAGUAACUUUCCAGACACCCACCGAGGAGCUGAUCAGUGGCUACAGAGUUUGCUUUCUGGCCGCACUGCAGAAGUACUAUGAGAUGAACCACAACUUGCCAGAGAAGAUUGUGGUGUAUCGAGAUGGUGUGUCACACGGUCAGCUGAUGAUGGUGGAGCAGUACGAGAUCCCACAGUUGUUGAAAAGCUUUGAGAACUUCCCCACCUAUGAGCCCAAGCUGGUCUUCAUUGUGGUCCAGAAGCACAUCAGCACCACCCUCUACUCAUGCACUGCAAACAACAUUGGCACACCUUCAGCUGGAACUGUUCUGGAUCACACCCUCACUCAAAAACACUGGGUGGACUUCUAUCUGAUUGCACAUCACAGUCACCAGGGCUGUGGACUUCCCACACACUACAUCUCUUUGUACAACACAGCAAACCUCACACCAGACCAUUUGCAAAGGCUGACUUUCAAGAUGUGCCAUCUGUACUGGAACUGGCCGGGAACAAUUCGCGUUCCAGCGCCAUGCAAGUACGCCCACAGACUGGCUUACCUGUCUGGCCAGUACCUGCACUCUGAGCCAGCCAUCCAGCUAUCGGACAAGCUCUUCUUCCUUUGA